GCGUUUUGCACCUCAGUCAUUGUUCUACUUUACAGCCAAUAUGUUCCGCUCAGUACAGUUAUUCGCUAUCGUUUUGUAUCUUGCUCAGCCAGCUCUUGCCUUAGAAACGGACGUCACUGCAGGCGCUAUCUGUCGGGUGGAAGGCAAUUUCGGACGCUGUGUGCACUUCAAGAACGAUCCAAAGUAUCUGACGCUGCUGCUAAAGAGUACCCGCACGGAGCAGGAUGACUCAUACCUGCUGCGGUACGUUUGCGAUCGACGCAAGGGGUUAACGUGUCGGACUGGCUCGGUGAACGAUGAGGUUUGCGGUGUGCAGAUGGAUAACCGUAUCGUCGGUGGACAGCGCACGUCGAUCGAUCAGUACCCGUGGAUGGCGUUGCUGCAGUACAUCAACCAUCGCAAGGGCACGAAGCGGUUCGCCUGUGGAGGGGCACUGCUGAACCGGAAGUUUGUCCUCUCGGCGGCACAUUGUUUCGUGCGGCUUCCUGCAGGUGUUGAGCUACACAAAGUGCGACUGGGCGAAUGGGACACCGAUUCCGAAAUUGACUGCGAAGAUUUGGAUGAUGAGCUGUCUUGUGCAUCUCCGGUGCAAGACUUGGACUACGAGCGCAUCAUCAUCCACGAAGGUUACACCGGAAAUCACGCGGAUCGCGAAAAUGAUAUUGCACUGAUCGAAUUGAGCGGGUCGGCGAAGUACAACGACUUCGUAAAGCCUAUCUGCCUGCCCGAGCCGGGCACACCGAACAAAGAGAAGCUGUACUUUGGCAGCAUGUGGGCCGCUGGAUGGGGCCGAACGGAAACAGCUUCUGGAAGUCGCUUUAAGCUGUACGUACCGCUGGAUCUGUUCGAUCUGCAGUCUUGCAACGAGACGUACCAAAGGCGGGUGAAGGUUCCGCUCACCGAGACGCAGUUCUGUGCGAUGGGAACUCCGGGGAAGGAUACUUGUAAUGGAGAUUCCGGCGGUCCGCUGAUGAAGACGAUGAAAACGCUGCACUAUGUUGUUGGAGUUGUGAGUUUCGGACCGCAAAGGUGUGGCAGCGGCAUCCCGGCUGUUUACACGCGCGUGGAUAAGUUCUACGACUGGAUCGUAGGUCAUAUGGUGGAGUUUGAGAAUUAAGUCAUGUAAGCUCGUUGCGAUUAAAGGUUAACUGUCGUGAUUCAAA